AUGGACUUCUGCCCGGCGUGCGGGAUGCUGCUGCAGAUCCAGCCGGCCACCGGCGGCCACCGCCUGCGCCUCUUCUGCCCCACCUGCCCGUACGUCUGCCCCAUCAAAAACAAGAUCGUGAAGAAGGCGAGGCUGGUCAAGAGGGAGGUGGAGUCCGCGGAAUCUGCCCCCAAGACUGAGGGUGAGCCCAAGGAAUCGGCCCCCAAGACUGACGGUGAGCCCAAGGCCGAUGGUCAGCUCAAGCAAUCUGCCCCCAAGACUGAGGGUGAGCUCUUCACCCUUCUCUUUUGCUUAGCUACUGCCUACUGGAAUAGUCGAUUGUCCUCACCGCUCAACUGUGUGCAUAACUAG